AUAAUAAUGUCUAUAUUGGGAUAUUUAUUGUCUUGUUAAACUAACUUUGAGUGUGUAUCUUUGCUGACAUGUCACAGCUGUGCUCCUGCAGGUUUUCCUGCAAAAAAAAAAAAAAAGAAAAGGAAAAAACCACAUUGCAUUCAGCACACUGUAAAUCUGCACAUAGGACGAGUUUAACAAGCUUUAUACCACUCCGCUCUCAGGGUUACUGGUCUUCUGCAGUGCCAGAACACUGGUUUGGAGGUUAGACCAGUUAGGAAAGUAUGUGCCACGUUUGCUAUAACUGGCCUGGGAAAAAAAAAAAAAAAAGAAAAGAAAGAAAGAAAAGAAAGAUCCAUGUAAGUGACUGUAGAUGUGGGUUAAGCUUGGGAUCAUGCUGAGUCCGCUAAACCACGGUUUCCUCCAUCACGCACCUUUAAAAAGUUCCCCUUUAUUAAGCAUUGGUUUGGGUUUUCAGAGCAGCUAGAUGUUGAGUGGGUUGUGGGUUUGAAACGCCUCGUCUCGUCUCGUCUCGCCUGGCCGCCCACUGCUGCGCUUUUACAGAAAGCAGUUCAUUUUCCUGCUCGUUUCUCACCGAGGCGUGAUUAAGAAGCGAUGCAAACACAGAUCCUGACUUUAGUAAUAAUAUAUAAAGCGUGUCCCAAAAGUCUCCAUACGUAGGGGACUGUGUUUGUCAGCAGCACGUCGUUUGUCUCCUCGUCAGUAGAUGUUCGUGGAUGGACGUCACUUCUCGAUUGAUCUUCAACACUUCCAGUCUUUAUGAAUUUGUUAAUAAGUUUGGCAGCAGUGUGGUGUACGAUGCGCUCGCCAUGUUUCCUGUUAAAGUCCAUCGCAACCUUGUGACAGCUUCCCGAUCCAGCCAUGGUGAGCGAGAAGGUUGGUGGAGCAGAAGGAACCAAGCUGGAUGAAGAAUUCAGAGACCUGGAGAGAAAAGUGGACGUGACCAGCAAAGCCGUGGUGGAGGUCAUCUCCAAAACCUCGGAGUACCUGCAGCCCAACCCAGCGUCCCGUGCCAAGCUCUCCAUGCUGAACACCAUGUCCAAGAUCCGUGGGCAGGUGAAGAGCCCCGGAUACCCGCAGGCAGAGGGACUGCUGGGAGAGUGCAUGGCCAAGUACGGCCGUGACCUGGGAGAGGACACCAACUUCGGAGCUGCGCUGAUCGACGCCGGCGAGAGCAUGAAGAGACUCGCCGAGGUGAAGGACUCGCUGGACAUCGACGUCAAACAGAACUUCAUCGACCCUCUACAAGGCCUGUGUGACAAGGACCUGAGAGAGAUACAGCAUCAUUUGAAGAAGCUGGAAGGUCGUCGGCUGGAUUACGACUACAAGAAAAAGCGCCUCGGCAAAAUCCCGGACGAGGAGGUGAAGCAGGCGCUGGAGAAGUUCCACGAGUCCAAAGAGGUGGCGGAGAUCAGCAUGUACAACCUUCUGGAGACUGACAUAGAGCAGGUGAGCCAGCUCUCGUCACUGGUGGAGGCGCAGCUCCAGUAUCACAGACAGGCUGUACUGAUUCUCGAAGAGCUCUCUGACAAACUGAAAGACAGGAUUCACGAGGCCCAGUCUCAUCCCCGCAAAGAGUAUGUCCCCAAACCCAAACCCGUCUUCGACUUCGGAGAAACCAACGAGCAGUCGAACGGAGGCUUCACGCCUGUUUCUGCUCCUCCACCCAUCCGGACCACAGAUCAGUUGCUCAAGCGCAGCAGGUCAGCGUGGAAACCCAGACUGACUCCAGCAGAGCAGCCGUGCUGUAAAGCCAUGUACGACUUCGAGCCGGAGAACGAGGGCGAGCUGGGCUUCCGCGAGGGCGAUAUCAUCACCCUGACCAGCCAGAUCGACGAGAACUGGUUCGAGGGCACGCUGCGCGGCCAGUCGGGAUUCUUCCCUCGCAACUACGUCGAGGUGAUCGUCCCGCUGUCGCGCUAAACCUCCGUGACACGGGACAGAGAGAGAGAGACAGCGAAAGAGGGAAAGGACGGAGGGUCUUUCAGCCAUGUCAGCACCUGAACUCUGGCACUUUGACCUCUUAUGAAGGAAAGAACUUUUUCUUCUCACAUUCCAGAAGAAGAAAGGAACGACUGAUUACGAACGACUGACGACUGGGACUGACCGCUUUAAACCUCGUAGAAGAAGUCAGACAAACUAACAUGACUUUAACGCACUUUUAUAAACCAUAUAUUAACUUUCACCAAACUGACACUUAAACCUGACUCCGUCUGAUCGUACGAUUUCAAAACUCAAAGUCUCCCUCACUCACACUUCAGCACAGGGGUGUGACGAUAUUUAAUCCUUAUCCUGAGGAUAACAGUACUUCAGAAAAGUUUAAAGCCAAUUUUAGAGAGCCUAUAAACAAAUUUUAAAGCACUGAAAUGGAAAAACGGCUCAAUGCGUAAUUUUUUCAUUUUGAAAUUGCCGUGUUCUCACUCCUUCGCGAACCUCAGAAAAAAAUCGAAUGUAUCAGGUAUCUUUAAAAAUGUCUUCCUGUCUUCCGUGAUUUUAUAUUUUCGCCACAUCGUCCACUCACAGUUUUUAAUCCUUAAAGCUAUACUACGGAACCAAGAAUUACCAAAAACAAAAAAAGAAAAGAAAAGAAAAAAAAAAAAGAAAGAUUGCACUCUGAUGUGACUGAAAAAAAUAAACUCAUGUUCCAUUAGUGUGUCUUUAAGGGCAGGGAUCCCAUAUCCCAGUCCCAUAAUCGAAUCCAGGAGCAGCGUUGAUUAAAAAAACUGGUGGAACUUUCCUACUGUACACUCUCCUGUGUGGUAUAAAAACAAAAAGAGAUCCUGCGACUGACCCGACGUCUCCUGACUGCCCCCUGCUGGACAGGAUGUGAUCUUAAGGACUGCUUGGACGUUGACUCGGCACUGUGGGCUGCGUGUAUUACAGCCGCUCAUUGUGUAGCGUUCCUGAGCCACACACACAAGUACAGGAGCUUCAUACACGACUCUCACUUCUCCUGCUCGCAUAUACAAGUAAAAAAAGUGGUUUUAUAUUCGCUUUAGUUUAACGUAGUUACGUGUAACGUGUGAACGCACCUCGGUCUCCCGAGCUUUAGAAUAACAGAAGGGAUUAGAGUAGAGGUGAAGGACAGGAACAGCGCACGCUUUAGUGGUUUUCUUACCCUACUUUCCAGACUAUAAGUGUGUUUGAAUUUACGCAUUAACCCAACUGUAAUAUAUAUAUAUAUGUUUAACAGUCCGGGCCGCGUGAUAACGACUAAACUGAUAUGGAAAUGAUAUGGAAAUGAUAUGGAAAUUUGAGAUACAAACUACACUGAUUGAAUCUAUCAAACAAGCAGCUAUUUACUUCACACAAUUGAUACUGGAUGUGAAAUUGAUAAGUAAGGUUAAUAUAUAUAUAUUUUUUUUUUAAUGCAUAACUGUUUUGCACAGAGCUCCGCUAUGUGAAAAAAAAAUUCCAGUCCUGAUUUUACUAUAUCAGAGUUUUAAAAAAUUAAUUAAUUAAAUUAAAUUAUUAUACAUUUACAUACAGCUGUCUAAAUAUUAAAGUUUAUAAGCCUGUAUGGGAUAAGACUGCUCCUUUAUGUUUUAUAGAUGAUAAAUAUAAAUACGAUUAGUCACCAUAAUAUAAAAAUGUAGCAUCUUUAGUUUCUGCUCCUGAAUAUUCAUACAAAAUUUUUUAUUUUAAACUUAUGAACAAAAUACCUCCUCCAUAACUAUGUACUUAAUGGUCUGAUUUUUUAGGCUUCAGCUCAAGAAAACUUUCAGCGGGGAGUUACAACAACACUAACAGGACAAAUACUAAACUAGGCCACACCACUAGAGGGCAAUGAAGUGCUGAUUUAGAGGCAGUACUAAAGUAAACCAUAUGCGACUUAAACAACCAACACACACAUAUGUGUCUGAUAUUGUGGUGUGAUUAUAGUCUGGAAAAUCUUAACACACUGAUUCGUCUCAUUAAGGUGAUGAAUGGAUGAACGAAGUGUGUGGUGUGUGUUAGAGCGGGAAAAACACUAAACCGUGCAGCUUCGCUCGUCUCUGCGUUACAGCAAGGGAUAGUUGAGAAGCGUGUUUACAGAACUCGUGGUUUCUGUACAGUAUAAUCUGCGUACACUAUCUGAACAGUAAAAAAACACUACACCAUCCCUUCUCCUGUGAAUAAGUUAAACAGAUUAGACUUUUCGUUUAUUACGAGUAAGAUCUCCACACUACAAUGAGCUGAGAGUUAAUGUGACCGUGCGCAUGCAGGAAAACAGCCAAAACGCUCUGCGCUAUUGCAGUGUACAGGAUGUGUUAGGCUUUAACGCGUUGCCUGAUUUUAGCUUCUGUAAUCUCUGUAGAUGAUACUGCUGGCAGUGUCCUGCUGUUUCCUCCACACACACACACACACACACACACACACACACACACACACACACACGUAUGGAAGCCCUGAAACACAAACAUUUUUGAAGGCUGUGUCAUUAUUUCUGCAUUACAGCUCAUUAACUCGUUAUUUUGACUGACACGUAACAUCGAACAUUAUUGUAAUUCAUCGAGUGCAAGCGUUAGGACUAGGCUUGUGCAGUACAACGAUUCAAUCGUCUCCACACUGAUACAUUUACUCAGAUUAUAUUUCCAGACCUGCCAACCUUUACGCAUUUUGCGGACGAGCAAAACCAUUUAAGGUCAGAGUACGCUGCUAUGAGUUAUCACUCAAAAAUACACCACAAGAGCAUCUUCUCUUCCCCUCCGAUAAAAAUGGCACACGAGCCAAGCAACAUAUAAAUCCGGAAUGACAGACAGUUACGUAGGUGUUUUAAACCUUGUGAUAUUAACAGAGACGCCGCCUGGAAGAACCCGCCCUCUUCCACCUCAUCUUAUCUGUUCAUGCCCUCGCUUUCCGUCGCAGUAAAGGAGGAAUAUUUCGAGGUCAUUAAUAUGAAAUAAAUUCCAUCAUUGUACACGUGUUAGGUUCGACUUAGCUAACCUUAGACAAGUAUAUCUGUAAAAUUAGUUAUAUGAAAAGAAACAAUUUGACUGAAAAUUGUCAGAAAAAAAGAGAAAAAAGAAUAAAAGAUUUGACCUAAAAAGAUGAAAUGUCGAAUCUAACACUUUAUAAAUAAUGUGAUGAUAAUUAGAAAGUGAUUAAAUAGACAGGUUUUUGUUUGGUUGCUCUCCUGCACCAGGCGGCGUUCAGACCCUUGACUUUGAGCAGCAGAUGAACACCAACAGUGUCAGCCAUGUGGACAUUAGACAACUGAUAAACAUAUAUAACGUCAAAAAGGGUUAUUUUUAAAAAUAUUUUUAAGUUUUGUUUUUUUUUUAAUUGUUUACUGAGUAUUAAUGCUGAAACACCUAAAAAAAAAAUCCAGCAUCCAGCUGAGUUUUGACGAUUGCCACAGUUUCUGACUGCACAGCUGAUAUUCUUACUACUCUCCUCUACUCUACUCUCCUAAAACCGGGAAUGGUGGGAAUACUUGUUUUCCUGUCUUUUCUUUAGGCUGCCAGUUCUGGAGGAUUAAAUCCAGCAGGGAGGAAAAAAAAAAGUCUAUCACACAAGCCUAGUGAGGUUUCAAAGUAAUUAUCGAAAUAAAUAGACAAUAAAAAUAAUUUAGAGUUAAAAUAACGACGUGGAACUCCAGGAUCAGGGCUUCCGUAUAUACGAGAAGGGUGCCACCAUUUUCAGACUUUCGAUUGUCCAUUCUCUGAAGGAUCCGCUGUGUUUGUUAAAGUGUGUAUGAUGACGUGAUGUGUGUUGCUUUAUGAUGUAGGCUGCAGAAGUGUUGAGCCGCAACUUCAACGUGUCUUGCAUGACGGUCUUGUGAUUUUAAUCGCUUGCCCUGGUAAUCUGUUAACAUUUUCACUGUCCUGUUUACAGUGUGUGUGUGUGUGUGUGUGUGUAUGUGUGUGUGUGUGUGAGUGAGAGAGAGAGAGAGAAAUUCCUAUUCAACGUAAAAUGAAGAUGGAGAAAAAUGAACUGGUUUGCGUGCCUCGAGGAUGACACGAACGAGAAGGCUAGGACACCAAACGAAUUCCCAUUAGCAGCGUGUUUCUUUGCGUUCCCUCGUACUCGUACCGUAUAACAAAGGGCUCGGCGUGUUUCUGGCUUCGGCAUGAGCUGUGUACAGACGUACAAGCAUGAGUACAGAUGUGCCUUCGCAGCAACACUACAGUUUAAAAAUAAAUAAAUAAAGGAGUUAUUUUUCCCUCUAAUCCACCAGAGUGCCGGAAUAAUUUUACACACUUUAAAAAAAAUUAUUCUGACAGUCUUCUUUAGUAUUAUAUUAUUUUUCUAUGUACACAUCUGGUUUUUUUUAAUUAAUUAUUUGCAUGUUAGCUCUAUAUGAUAGCUUGCUAAUGUAUGUUUUAGUUUGUAAAAAAAAAAUAAAAAAUCUGGUUUGUCUUGAAGGAAAAAAAAAACUAACUACAGUAUCCUGUUAUUCCUAAAUAUCCUGUAAACCUGAAUAUUUGUACUUGCUUUCUCCCCAUCUUUUACGUAAAUAAAUGUGUAAAAACCUUG